UCUCUCUCUCUCUCUCUCUCUCUCCACCGCUCCCGCGGUACCUAGGGUUUCGCUCUUCGACCUCUCUCUCCCACCCUCGAUCUCUCCCGCCGCUCUUCUCCUUUCUCUUUCUCGAUCGUAGGGGACCCGGAUCUCGGCGGAGCGGCCAUGGGAGUGCCAGCGUUCUACCGAUGGCUCGCGGAGAAGUACCCGAUGGUGGUGGUGGACGUGGUGGAGGAGGAGCCCGUGGAGAUCGAGGGGGUCAAGGUCCCCGUCGACACCUCCAAGCCCAAUCCUAACGGGCUCGAGUUCGACAACCUCUACCUUGACAUGAAUGGGAUCAUCCACCCCUGCUUCCACCCUGAUGAUCGGCCGGCUCCCACCACUUUUGAUGAGGUCUUCCAGUGCAUGUUUGAUUACAUUGAUAGACUGUUUGUCAUGGUCCGCCCUCGAAAGCUUCUAUAUAUGGCGAUUGAUGGUGUUGCCCCUAGAGCUAAGAUGAACCAGCAGCGCUCGAGACGAUUCAGAGCAGCAAAAGAUGCAGCUGAUGCAGCUGCAGAAGAAGAACGUUUACGACAAGAGUUUGAGAAGGAAGGCAGAAAGCUUCCUCCAAAGCAGGAAUCACAAGUCUUUGAUUCUAAUGUUAUUACGCCAGGGACAGAAUUUAUGGAUGUUUUAUCGGUAGCAUUGCAAUAUUAUAUUCACCUGAGAUUGAAUUAUGACCCUGGCUGGAAGCAAAUUAAGGUUAUGCUAUCUGAUGCAAAUGUUCCUGGCGAAGGGGAGCACAAAAUUAUGUCAUACAUUCGCCUUCAACGAAAUCUGCCUGGUUAUAAUCCAAAUACUCGACACUGUCUGUAUGGUCUGGAUGCAGAUUUGAUCAUGUUAGCUCUGGCAACACAUGAAGUGCAUUUUUCGAUAUUGAGAGAGAUUGUUUUCACACCUGGACAGCAAGACAAGUGUUUUUUGUGUGGACGGAUGGGCCAUUUGGCUGCAGAUUGCCAGGGAACUGCAAAAAGAAAAGCCGGGGAAUUUGAUGAGAAGGGUGAAGAUGUUUCAAUUGCAAAAAAACCUUAUCAGUUUCUAAAUAUUUGGACUCUUCGCGAGUAUUUGGAGUAUGAAUUCAGAGUUCCUAAUCCUCCCAUUGAGAUUGACUUUGAGCGGAUAGUUGACGAUUUCAUCUUUAUCUGCUUCUUUGUUGGCAAUGAUUUUCUUCCACACAUGCCGACAUUGGAAAUUCGUGAGGGAGCAAUAAAUUUGUUAAUGGCUGUCUACAAGAAGGAGUUUAGAGCGAUGGGUGGCUAUUUGACUGACUCUAGCAAGCUAAAUAUGGGCAGAGUGGAGCAUUUUAUUCAGUCAGUGGGGUCUUUUGAAGAUAAGAUAUUCCAGAAAAGAGCUCGUUUACACCAGCGUCAAGCAGAAAGAAUAAAACGAGAGAAGGCACAAGCAAAAAGAGGUGAUGAUAUAGAUCCACUAGUCAGAGACAAUCAUAUAGUUCCAGUUGCUCGCUACCGAGGUUCUCGUCUUGCAUCUGGUGCUUUGCCUUCACCAUAUCAGCAGAGCGGGUCUUCGUACAGGUCAGAAAGUAUGAUAUCUACCAGAAAAGAUAACCAAGUUGGACAGGCUACCACUGCAAUGUCGGUGCUCGACAUUAAAGCUAAUCAGAGUGGAACACAUGAUAGUAGAGAGAGUAAUUUUAGAGCCAAAAAGGUGGCACGUUUAUCUUCAGAGGGGGCAACUAUUGGUGCCGCCAUUGUUGAAGCUGAAAAUAGUCUUGAAGUAGAAGUUCGUGAAAACAAAGAUAAUCUGAAAGCAAAGCUCAAAGAACUACUUCGUGAGAAGUCGGAUCUUUUUAACUCUGAAAAUCCGGAGGAAGACAAGGUGAAACUUGGAGAGCCUGGUUGGAAGGACAGGUACUAUGAAGAGAAGUUCGGGGCAAGAACUCCUGAGGAAAUUGAAACAAUACGAAGAGAUGUUGUUUUGAAGUAUACGGAAGGCUUGUGUUGGGUGAUGCACUAUUACUAUGAAGGAGUUUGUUCGUGGCAAUGGUUUUAUCCUUACCAUUAUGCUCCCUUUGCUUCAGAUCUGAAGGAUCUGGCUCAGUUUAAAAUAGAUUUUGUACUUGGUUCACCAUUCAAACCAUUCGAUCAGCUGAUGGGGGUAUUUCCAGCUGCAAGUUCGCACGCACUUCCCAUACACUAUAGGCGAUUGAUGUCAGAUCCGAAUUCGCCCAUUAUCGAUUUUUAUCCAACUGAUUUUGAGGUGGAUAUGAAUGGGAAAAGAUUUUCUUGGCAGGGUGUUGCAAAACUGCCUUUCAUUGACGAGGCUCGCUUACUCCUUGAGAUUGGAAAAGUGGAGCAUACUUUGACGGAUGAGGAAGCACGGAGGAACAGUGUGAUGUUUGACAUGCUUUUUAUUAAUGGAUCUCAUCCUCUUUCUCCAUACAUCUAUUCCCUUGUAAGCAAUUAUGGCCAGCUGCCUGAGAAAGAGAGAGUUGAAGUCAAAGAAAAGCUGGACCCAGCAGCCAGUGGUGGGAUGAAUGGGUACAUUUCGCUUUGUAAUGGAGACCCGUGCCCCCCCGUAUUCAGGUCUCCUGUCAAAGGACUGGAAGAUAUAAUGGAUAAUCGAGUCAUAUGCUCAAUAUACAAACUUCCGGAUCCGCAUAAACACAUAACCCGACCACCACCUGGUGUUAUUUUUCCAAAGAAGACUGUUAGCUCCAGCGACCUGAAACCGCCACCUGUUCUAUGGCAUGAAGAUAAUGGCAGAAGACUGCCUGAAAAUGAAAGGCAAAAUCCUCCAGGAAAUCUAUCGGGUCGACAACUGGGAGAAGCUGCCCAUCGGCUAGUCAUAAACAGUCUCCAGGUUGGUUUUGACCGCAAUGACAGUGUACCAAGGAAUGCUCCUCCCCUGCUGCCAUACAAUAUGGCAGUAGCAAAUGGUAUAGCACACCCUAAUGGGCAACUUUACCCUGUUGAUCAUAGAUCACAGCAAUGGCCCGAGCACCCACAUGCUCAUUCUCAGUUCUACCGUCCUCGAGACCAGUCGUACAAUGGCCCCAAUCAGUGGAACUCUUCCUCGGUGCCGGUUCAUCAUCAUUAUGAAAGAUCAGCACCUUCCACCUAUGAAAGAGAUCAUCAUCAUCACCAUCAUUCCCACAACGGAAGGGGUAGCUACCCCAACUCAAGAUCUAGGGUUUCGGUGCAGAGCUACCAUCAUCAGGACGGUAGUGGCUGUUCGUAUCCUCCAGCAAAUCAGCCUGUGGCCCCACCCCCUGUGGCUCGUGGGCCAUACGGGCAAACUGCACCUUCAUACAAUGGUGGAUACGGGGGAUAUCACCAGAGCUUUGGACCGCAGCAAUGGGGGCAACCCUAUAAUAAUAAUAGUAACAAUGGAAGAGGCCCUCAGUUUAGUCAAUCGCACCAACAAAGUACGAACCGUUACAAUGCUUUGGACAGAGGGUCGAACCGAAGGCCGCCUCCCCAGUCAGGUCAUGGCCGCUACCAGGGUCGGUAAUUCUUCACUACUGUGGAGGCCAUGUUGUAUGUCAGCAGAUUCGCGACAACAAGGGAAAUUGACGAGAGGAGAAAUUGUUCUUAUCCAUGUUGCAUGUCUCUCUCCUUCGGUGGUGAUUCUGCUUGCUCCGAGUUCGUUGCAAGUCGCUUUGUUUUGUUUCUAAAAGGGCAAGAUUGUAUAUUAGCAUCAUGAUGCGGGCCGCGUCAAGCCGGCUGUCGCCUCUAAAAAUUAUAAUUUGAUGUGUUCAUUAAUUUCUUGCAGUAAGUGAUCAUCUACAAAAGCAAUUUCAGUUAAGUUGUCUACAAUUAUUAUUAUUAUAUUUAUGUUAUUAUUAUUUUUUGUUCA